AUGCAUGGUGUUACGGCGACCGCUGCCGACAUGAAUGAGCUCGGUAGUUGGCUUACCGCAUCAUUUCCAGGUAUCUAUGUUGUUUCAAUCGAGAUUGGCAAUGGAUUCGACGAUUCUUUUUUACUACCAAUGAAUAAGCAAGUAGAACUCUUUUGUGCCACUGUUCUUGCCGAUGAACAUCUGCAUCAAGGCUUCAACAUGCUUGGCGUUUCACAAGGUAGUUUGAUUGUUAGAGGAGCUGUAGAACGAUGUUCACUGUCUGUCUACAAUUUGAUUACUCUGGUUGGUGCUCAUCAAGGUGUUUUUGGCGAUCCUGCUCUCAAGUUACUUCCUCGUCAAUUUUGGGAAUUAAUUUCAAAAUAUGCAUAUGAAGAGUCUGUCCAGAAUGUGAUUAGUAUUGCGGGCUUCUGGCGUGAUCCUUUUCAACUGGAGAAAUACACAAGUCGAAGUCAUUUUCUUCCUGACAUUAAUAAUGAACGUCAAGUUCGCAAUGAAACCUAUCGUAUAAAUAUGCUCAAGCUCAAUGCAUUUGUUAUGACCUAUUCAGACAUAGAUGAAACUAUCACGCCACCACAAUCAGGUUGGUUUCUGGGCUAUGCACCACAAUCGUUGGAAACUGAAACAUGGAAUCAAUCGCGUCAAUUCACAGAAGAUCUUAUCGGAAUGCGUACAUUGCGUGAACAAGGCAAAUUACACAUGUUCAUUUGUCAUACGCGUCAUCAGGAUGCUCAGCAUACUCCUGAUAAAGAGUUCUUUUUUCAAAAUAUUUUGCCAUUUUUUAAUAAUACCCUUUCGUAACUAUUCGAAUGUAAGAUACAAAAAAAUUGAAAUUUUAUCAAUAAUAUUUUGAACGAUUUCUGAAAACAUCGAAACUGCUGAAUAUUUCCCAAGGGAGCACCAGCAGAUCGCAGGACUCUGGAACUCCACAGGAAUCCACAAUACUCAAAGACUACAAAUUUCCUCCGUAGUUCUAGAGCCCCUGCUUUUAUACAAAUCUGUUGCUCUUUCCAAUCUCUAAUUAUGAACUAGGAACGAUGAUGAUAUCGAUAAAAAGUCAUGUUGGCUUUCGUACAAACAAUAGAUAGAUUAUUUAAUAACAUAGUGCUGAGAAAAAAGAACUAUUUCAUUACUAUCAACAUUUUGCAUAUUGUGUUAAUAAUGAAUUAAAUAAUAUCAAAAAAAAAAAGAAAAUGAAAACAUAAAUUUACAGACAAAUAAUUACUCAACAGCGAAUGGAUCAAUCGUUAGAGGGUGUGAGUAUUCUGCACUUUUAUGAUCAUAUGAAAGUUAAAUAAAACCCUCAAUCAGUCAUAUCUGCCUCUUAAUUCCCACAGUAAUGACACAAGAGCUCUGACUCACAACUAUAGGAUCAUCAGUAUUUCGACGAGUUUUCUCCCUGUGAGCAUCAAUCAGAGAACAGCAACCUUCAUAGAACUUCAAAUUCUAUAUAAGCUUUAUGCACCGAUUAAAUAUCCAUUAGACACGGGCACCGAUAAUUAUGUUUUACUUGAAAGAACAUGACGGGAUGCACUGCAGUACAGAGUCUUUUUGUUUUACUUUUUAAGUAGAGAAAAGGCAUCACAAGAUCAAUGACUCAAAAAAACGC